UUUAUAUUUUUUUUUUGUUUCUUUUUCUUAUCAAUUCCUUAAACUUUUAUUUUUUACAUGUGCAAAGUCUAAUUAAUUAACUCCAUAUCUCAUAAAAUUGGAAUAAAACUAACAUAGAAAUAAAUUAAAUCAUUUUUGAUUAUAGAAAUCUUAAUUAGAAUAUAUCAUUAACGUGUGUAAUAUUCCUUUAUGUACUUAAGACCACUCUCUCUUUUUUUCCUACCAAAAAAAUAAUUAAAAUCACUAUUUUAAAGCAACUUCCUUGACUCCUAGGUAAGCCGUUUCAGUGACUUCAUUCACACAAUCACUCCCAUUUUCUCCCUCAUUUUUCUCGAAUUCUUUUUGGGAUUCUUGCUUACAAUUGCAUUGAACGAUAAUUUUGAGAAUUGUGUGAAUUUCAUGAAAUAGGUGUUUGAUUUCAAGUCAAUUUUACAUGGGGGGAUUUAAGAAUGAUGGUCUAAAAUGGGUUACUAAGGAAACUGAAUUCAGAAAAAUGAAUUUUAGGCCUGUAGGGUCAGUAUCGAAUGCUAAACCAGUGACUGUGAGUAGCAGAAAUGGGUAUGGAUCAGAUAUGGAUUUGGAAAGUGAUUCAGAUGAGGAGAUUAAUGGUGGAAAUUACUCAGUCGAGUCGUCGUCGCCUGUAGAUGACAUUUUCAGUAAUGGGGUUGAGCAGAAGCGUACUGGUUUUGUAGGUGAUAAGAAAACCGAUCGAUUUGCUCAAGAAUAUUCAUCAAGACGUGAUACUGCAAGUAAGUCAGACAUUGUUAGAAAUAUCCACUCUGAUGCAUCAGCAAUGCUUCCUAAUAGAGAACCUUCGCACUCAACCUUAAAGACUUCUGUUGAUAUGGAUGAAGGAAGAUCAUCUGAUUCUUCAUCAGCCCGUGUACCUAACUUUCAUGCUAGUGGUCUCAGCCCUUGGAAUGGCGUGGUUUCCUAUGAUGCGUGUGUACGACUAUGUCUCAGCUCAUGGGCCAAGGGUAGUAAAGAAGCCAAAUAUUUCCUGAAUAAUGAAUGUGCAACACUACGAGAUGCAUUCAGUUUGCGGCAUGUACUUCUUCAGUCAGAGGAGGAGAUAAUGUCAAAAAGAUCUUCUGAGCUAGUUAGUGGAUCAGCUGCUACUAAACCAAAGAAAACAAUAGGAAAAAUCAAAGUUCAAGUGAGAAAGGUGAAGAUGGGUUUAAAUCCACCUACCGGCUGUGCUUUUCCACAGAUGCAAAAGAUGGACCUUGAGAAAAUUCAAAGUCAUGUCUCAAAUGUAAAAUCAAAACUAGCGAUGAAAUGGGAAGCUGUACAAAGAGUACAAGCAGCACGUCAUAUACCAAAAAAUGGUUCUCUUUCAAGCAAGAGUUUGGCAUAUGUGAAUGUUGGCGCUCAAUAUAUGAAGGAGAUUGGUGUUCUUUUAAAGAGUAGCUUGGCUUCUUCCCAGACCACAGAAUCCCAAGUUGUGCAAGAAACCUACUAUUGUUUAGUAAGACUGAAAAGCUCUUCUGAAAAAGAUGCAGUGCGGAUGCAGCCGGGCUCUGGUGAAACUCAUAUUUUCUUUCCAGAUAGUCUUAGUGAUGAUCUGAAUAUCAUAGUUCUGGACUCAAGAGGCAAUCAUUGUGGGUGUGUUUUGGCUCAAGUCGCAUCAGUCGUGGAUGCCACUAAUGACAAGAGCCGCUGGUGGCCUAUAUAUCAUGAGCCUGAUCAUGAACCUAUUGGCAAAGUACAGUUAUACAUCAAUUACUCAACAAGUCAGGAUGAUAAUAGCCAUCUGAAGUGUGGUAUUGUUGCAGAAACUGUUGCAUACGAUCUUGUGCUGGAGACUGCAAUGAAAGCUCAAAAUUUUCAGCAAAGGAACUUGUUACUGCAUAAUCAGUGGAAGUGGCUUGUGACUGAAUUUGCGCGUUUCUAUGGUGUGUCAGAUGCCUAUACUAAGUUGAGAUAUCUUUCAUACGUUAUGGAUGUUGCUACACCAACUGCAGAUUGUUUGCUUUUGAUUUAUGAUUUGCUGUCUCCUGUGAUUGUGAAAGACGACAAUACUUUGAGUUCACAAGAGAAACGAAUCCUUGGAGUAAUGUCUGAUAAAGUUGAGGACCUUCUUGCUCUGGUUUUUCAAAACUACAAGUCGUUGGAUGAAACAUCACUCUCGGGGUUGGCUGCUGUUUUUUUGUCAGCAACUGGAAAUGUCGCUCCUGCUAUUGCUCCAGCUAUUAAGCUUUAUGGCCUUCAACAUGAUAUGCUAUCUCCUGAAAUAAGAUUAAAACUAUGCAAAUACUUUCAGGUUGCUGCAAAGAAAAGGUCAAGAAGACAUUUAGGAGAAAUGGAUGAAUUUAUCUUCAGCAAUGAGGGCGCCACAAUGGACAAUAUGGCAUCUACAACUGCGUAUCAAAAGAUGAAAUCUCUUUGUCUGAUUGUGAAAAAUGAAAUUCAUACAGACAUAGAGAUCAAUAAUCAAAACAUUCUUCCCAGUUUCUUGGACCUUCCAAACCUCACUUCAUCAAUAUACAGUGCUGAGCUGUCUGCCAGACUGCGCACCUUUCUUAAGGCAUGCCCUCCUGCUGGGCCCUCGCCUCAUGUUACAGAUCUUGUUAUAACAGUAGCUGACUUUGAAAGAGAUCUUGCUCUGUGGAACAUUAACUCUGUCAAAGGUGGAGUUAAUGCAAAGGAGUUAUUGGGCUCCUAUAUAAGCAACUGGAUUAAGGAGAAGCAUGUAACUUUACUUGAUUUCUGCAAGACUAGCAUGUUGCAGGUGAAAUGUUCUGAUCACAAGGCUCAACAGCUGACAUGUCCUUCCAUUGAUGAGAUCUAUGAUCAGUUGAGGCAGACGUUGAAUGAAUAUGAAAUUAUUGUUCGUCGUUGGCCAGAAUAUGCUGUUGUCUUGGAGAGUGUGAUGGCAGAUGUUCAAAAUGCAGUAGUGGAGGCCCUGGAGAAACAAUAUGCUGAUGUUUUGUCACCAUUGAAGGACAAUCUUACAAACCUGGGCCUUAAAUAUGUUCAGAAAUUCGCUAAAAGAUCUGACAGCUUUUAUACAGCACCUGCAGAGCUGGGAGUUGUUUUGAAUUCCAUGAGAAGAAUGCUUGAUGUGCUGCUUCCAAAGGUUGAGGCCCAGCUGAAGACCUGGACUGCUUGUAUCAAUGAUGCUGGAAGUGCUGUUCCUGGAGAGCAUCUUACUGAAGUUACAAUAAUGCUUAGAAGCAAAUUCAGGAACUACAUCCAAGCAAUUCUUGAGAAGCUAGUGGAAAAUACGAGAUUGCAAAACUCAACUAAGUGGAAGAAAAUAAUUCACGAUUUUAAAGAAACUUCUGCUGAGUCAGAUGUACAGAGCAGAAUGCAGCCUCUUCAAGAUUUGUUGAUAAAAACUAUAGAGCAUCUCCACUCAAUACUCGAAAACCCUGUAUUUCUAACAGUUUGCCGAGGCUUCUGGGAUAAGAUGGGACAGGAGGUUCUGAAUUGUUUGGAGAACAACAAAGAAAACAGGUCCUGGUACAAGGGACUGCGAAUUGCUCUACAAGUGUUAGAUGAUACAUUUACGUCAAGAAUGCAGCAGUUGCUUAAUUAUCGUGUUCCAGACUCGGAUCUAGAGCCACCCAGGUGUAUAAUAGAAGCACAUUCCAUGCUUCAGUAGGAUUGUGUACGCAGCAUAGAGAGUAUAUUUCACUACAAAAAGACUUUUCUUAUUCAAUUUGGGGGGUCUGAUCCUGAUAGGCGCUGAAAUCAAAGAGGGUCUGAUCGUGUCCACUGCUAUCCUAGCCACCAUAUUUUUUCUGUCUAAGAAGCAGUGCUAGCUCUAUAGGUAAAUCUAGUAUAUACAAUAUUCCAAAAAAAAAAAAUCCAGAUAUAGUUCAGUCAGGUGUGUAUAGAAAACAGCUACUGAUUUUUUGUCCAUUUUUCCAGUGGGGAGUUUUGUCAUUCAUCCGAAUCUUCCCCAUUAUUACCAAAAAUACUAUAAUUCAUUGUUGAUUCUAUAUCUAUGGAGUUGAGAAAAUUCUUGUGUAUCGGUGUAUGGAAUAUGUUUAGCAGGUGGGCAAGAAAGCUGUAGAUCCGAGAUGUCGUAGCUUAGAAGACUAGGAUAAUAGUAUAUUGCUUACUGCUCCUUUACAUAUUCUGAUAUAUUAGGAAGAAGCUAUGCAAUUGAGUAUUUGUGAAAUAUGCUUAACUCUGUUCCAAAAUAAUACAAGUGCAAAGUAUUCUUGUUUAAUA